AUGGAGUGGCUUGGCAGAGCCAAGAUCGAGUUUACUCACUCACCAACACCAAGAGCCAUCAAGCAGAAGGAUGGCAAGGAUACGGAUCUGCUCAAAAUUUGCGAGGCCACUACACCGCCCUGCCAUCUCAACCCGCUGCUCUUCAAUGGCCACGUCCAGACCAUGUGGACAGCAACAAAGCCCAGUGGACCCCCAAUCUUCUACCGUCGCCGCGUGUUCGAUGCAGACCACGACACCUACAAAGGAUCGUAUGCUGUCGACUUUGUCGUUGAGCCCUUUGAAGAAAAUGACCCGACGCUCCCACGCCGAACGGUGUAUUACUCGGAGGAGGAGGAAAAAAACCUGGGUUCUGAUGACACGAGGCCCAUGGUAGUGGUCCUGCACGGCCUGUCCGGCGGUUCUCACGAGAUCUAUCUCAGACACACGAUCGCACCGCUACUCGGGAAGGGAGGCUGGGAAGCGUGUGUCGUCAACUCCCGAGGAUGCGCCGGAAGCAAAAUUACCAGCGGAGUGCUGUACAACGCCCGCGCGACAUGGGACGUGAGACAGACAAUCAAGUGGCUUCGCGAAAAGUUUCCAAACAGACCUCUUUUCGGCCUUGGAUUCUCUCUUGGUGCCAACAUGAUGACAAACUACUGUGCUGAAGAGGGCGAAAACUGCGUUCUCAAGGCAGCUGUUGUCUGUUCAAACCCAUUUAAUCUGGACUGCACCAGUAAGCUCAUGCAGAGCACAUUGAUUGGAAGAGAGCUUUAUUUGAGAGUAAUGGGCUCGUCCAUGAAGCAGCUUAUUGCCAAUCACAAGAAAGAGCUUACGGAGCACACCAACCUUGACUUGGAAGCUAUCCAGAAAGUCACAUAUCUGCACGAUUUUGACAGAGAAGUCCAAUGCCCGACCUGGGGAUACCCGACUGAGUCUGCGUACUAUCGUGAUGCCUCUUCCUGCGAUUCAGUCCUGUCCAUCAAAAUUCCUUUUCUGGCAGUCAAUGCCAGGGACGAUCCCAUUGCACUUGAUGGUGCUCUUCCAUAUCAAGAAUUUCGUCAGAAUCCCAACACCAUUCUGCUCACGACGUCACUCGGCGGACAUCUGUGUUGGUUUGAGUGGGGUGGUUCGCGAUGGCUAACCAAGCCGGUGAACAACUUUUUAAACCACAUGGCGUUCAAGGCUGACCUCGACUCGGUCUUGCCCACCAAAGAGCCCCAGGCCGAGCAAGCCUCCGUUACCUUUGACCCCAUGCGACGAAGACUGUAUGUCCCUCAAAUGUAG